AGAGGAGAGAAAAAUAACAGUGGAUAAAAGGGGAAAACAGAGGUAGAGGAAAAGAAGGGGUAAGAGCAGAACAAAGAUAGACGUAAAGAAGUCCGAAGAGUCUGGCGUCGCCACGGUCGUCGAUUACGAAGAGGUCCGGCAGUGCCGCACCGAGCCUCAAGCUAUAUCGAGCCAAUUUUCGAUCUCUCUUUCUUUCUCCCGCUUCCCUCUCUCUCUCUCUCUCUCCCCCUCCUCUCUCUUUCUUUUUAUCUUUGAUUCGGUUAAGAUCGAAGGACAGAACGGACUCGUUAUUUUUUUGGUCAUCUUCUUCCGGUAGGCGCACUCUUUUCUUUCUUCCUUCGCUGUUCGGUGGAGGCAGAAACAUUAGUGAUCUUCGAGCGUGAAGCUUUUAACACCGAUAUCGCUGUAAAAAGCUCGAAACCCUGGCCAGGAAAAGCGCGCUCGUCGAGCCAGGCUCGACGCGGAGGAAGAAGAGGAAGUACGAUCAUGGGGAACACUACUACGAAGAGACACUAUUCCAAGAGCAUCUCUCUAGCCAGCUCGUCCAAGAGACCACGCUGGGAUGGACCAGGACUGCCAGCACCUCCGGGCAAGCCAAUUCUAAUACCAGGAACGGACGAUACGCAACCGGAUGUGGUAGGAAUACGUUGGGAACGAUCGCCUAGUAACGGUGGUUCAGCCAUCGUGGGUUAUUUGGUUGAACAUCGGCGAAUGGGUUCGGCUUAUUGGGUGCGUAGUACACCUGGCCUCUGCACUUUUCCGGAACUAACAUUGAGUGGUCUUGAGCCAGGAUGGCGUUACCAGUUCAGGGUCAGGGCACAGAAUGCGGUAGGUCUCUCAGCUCCUAGCGAGUUGUCGGAUCCGUUGACGGUAACGUUGCAACGAUCGGCUUCAUCCGCGCCACAGUUUGAUCUCGAACUCAACGAUUUGAUUGCUUUGGAGAACGAGCAGGCGGAAUUCGUCGUGAAAUUUGCGGGAAACCCUUUACCAAAGAUUUCAUGGUUCAAGGACGGCUUCGAAAUUUUUAGCAGCAGACGAACGAGAAUCUUGACAGAAAAUGGAAAAAGUGUUCUUCUUAUUCAUCAGACAGCUCUUAAUGACGAGGGUGAAAUCAAAUGUACCGCAACGAAUAGAGCUGGCCAUGUUAGUACCAAGGCCAGAUUGAUUCUCGAAGCAUAUCCAAAGAUACGACUACCACGACAGUACGAGGACGGUCUUCUUUUCGAACAGGACGAAACGAUCAGAUUGAAAGUAUCUUUGGCUGGAAGACCAUUACCCACCGUUACUUGGUUUCACGAUGGAGAACCUCUUUCUCAAGACACUAGACAUAUGUUUGAAUCUAUGGAUGGAGAAUCGGUUUUAAAAAUUCCGGAUGCAAAGCGAUUCGACAGAGGAGAGUACACCGUUAAAGCUACAAACAAACUUGGCGAAGAUACGUCUUCUUUUCUCGUUACCGUUACAGAUCGUCCAGCUGCACCUGGAAAGGUAAACGUCACCAUGACUUUGGGCAGAUCCGUCACCUUAUCUUGGAAAGAACCGGAAGACGACGGUGGUUGUAAGAUCGGUACUUACAUCGUCGAAUAUUACAGAAUCGGUUGGGAAGUGUGGUUGAAAGCAACCACGAGCCGUCAAACUACAGCAACGCUGACCGAAUUGCUCGAAGGCUCGGAAUACAGAUUUCGAGUAAAAGCUGAGAAUCCGUAUGGAGUGAGCGAACCGAGCGAAGAAAGUGACAUCAUCUUCAUUCCAGAUUUAAAUAAAGGGGCAACGUCGUCGCAAUUGAGUGGAAAGUCUCAAAGUCAAAGAGAGAUCAGUCGGUCGCGCGGGGAAAAACGCGAGGUUAGUUUCGUCGAGCCAGCCCCAAGGAGCAGAAGCCUAACCAGAGAAGAAGAUGGACUAGGACGUUUUGGUGGGCGAUCUUCAUCGGCGCAAAGAUUGUCGAUGGAAAGACCAUCGAGAGCCGACAGUAGAGUCACGUUUGGUCCGGACACAACGAUUCACGUUGAAAGAACCGAACCACCCGUACCACCUGCUAGAUCGAGAGAUCAUUCCUCUUCUAAACACGAAAAUCGAUCGGAGAAUCAUACGAUGCGACAAGAUGCAAACGUGCAGGACAGCUCGGAUACUAGAAAGAGACCAACGUCACCGAUAACUUCUGCUGCUGUUGGGGUAGAAACGAAGAAAAGACCGACGUCACCGACACUCGUCACCACCAUAGUGACGGUAUCGCCACCACCUAGGAGCGAUUCGAUCAGACGUUCUCUCUCAUUGUCCAGAGAAAGAAGUUUGUCUCCUCCUUUUUUACCUUCGACUAAAGAAAAUGUAGAAGAAGAAACAAAUGCAUCGUCUUUUCCACUUGUUCGACCUGUUUCAAUUUUGAAGAAGCAGAACGGUCUAACCGAUGAGCUCGAUGCGAUGCAAUUAGGAAUAUCGCCUAGAGAAAACGACGACAUAUUGCACGGUAGCUCAGAAUUCAUGUUGGUGCUGUAUCCAAAGGACGAUGAAAGCGAAACCAAGGAAGAUAAGAAAGAACUAAAUAUGAGAGGAUCGGGGCAAGGCAGAACGGAGGAAAUCGAAGACGAGGAAGAUCUAAUACCGCCGCCAAUGUCUCUAUCUCUUCCCGAAUUAUUCAGUAUAGAACACGUAGUGGUAGAAACUCUGCGCGAGGCAGUCAGCUCUACGGAAAUGUUACACGAACGUGCGAUGGAACGUUUUUAUAAAGCAAUGGAGGCUGAGAAGGAGUCGGAAAACGCUAAGAGGAAAGUAGCGUUGGAGAGAAGAACCGGGGAAUUAGCUUCAAUCGCGAAACAGGAUUUGGAAAUGGGAGGAGCUACGAGAAGCGGCAAAAGUUCGCCUCUGCGGAGAAAGUUGUCGAAUUCCGGUACCGCCACGCAGCACAUGAUCUCAUCUUGGCAAGCUAAGAAAACUCGGAGAAGAUUAAGCGAAGGUCAAGUCGAGGCAGCUUUGAAACCUAUGAAGCUUCUUUCUCCGUUGCUCUUACCGGACGUCGAGGCUAGAUCGGAUCCUAAUCUACCAAUCGACGAAGAAACCAUAACCUCGAGAACUUGGAGGAGGAGCAGCGACGAAGAGGGAGCCGAACGUCUGCGCAGAUGGCACGAGACGAAUGUCCCUUUGCUCGAGGAAACUUCGGUAGAGAAAUCAAUGGGCUUGGGUGUCGACUCGGGAGUCGAUUCCACCAAUAGGACCAGUUCUCCGUUCCAAGAGAUCGUAUCGGAAAAGCAAGAGGAAACGGAUAAACGGGAGCAGGAAGAGAGAGAGACGGAGCUAGCGGAGGAGCAGAUCGAAGAGGAGGGAAGUAUCGAGACUUCGGAAGAAUCGUCCGAAGAGAUAAGCAGUGCCGAUAGCGAAGAUCUGAAAAACUUAAAGCAAAGAAUUUUAGCGAGACAAAUUAUGGAAGAGGAAGAUACGUACCAUCCGAAAGGUAGACCAAUACCACAUUUCGAUAGUUUCGAUAAACCUCAUUUUUCCGAAUACGACAACUCUUCGAUUUCGGACGAUACGACGAUACCAUCGAUUUGGGUAACACAACCUAUGUCAGCUAGCAACGUUCAACCAAAAUCUAUUCUCAAGAAACCUAAGGAAGAUGCUUCCAUACGAAUAAACGAGUUUGGCAAAGCUAUACCGCCUGAGAAACCGAUAAGAAAAGUCCCACCCGUGAGACAGGAGGAGGUAAUCGAUCGAAACGAAGGUAAUUCGCCUACGAGCGAAUAUUACGAUCCGACGAAGCCAGGUGUUAUGUCGGAAUCGGAUACCGAUAGCGUUUUAUCGGCUGGAGAAGCGGCAAAGAAUCGUAGAAUACAAGCUAAAAUGCGUUCGGCAACGCCCGAGGAGGAGACGAACGAAGCAGACAUCGAAGCCAGGAUGGCAGUCGUUAGUCAUUACACCGAGAUCGUACGAGAACAUUCAUCUAGUCACAGCGUAAGCGGCGGAAGGGUUAACGACGAAGAAGCCGGUAAGAAGAAAGUAUCUGGGAGGAAAUCGGAGCAAGCAACGGUUGGCGAAACAAACCGGACGAGAAAGAAUAGCGUUGGAUCGCGCGGUACUACCCCCGCCAGAGAUCGUCCCAAGCUGCCCCCGAAAGAAACGAGAGAGAGCAGGGCAUCUUCGCGCACGAGAUCACCGAGUUCCAGAUCGAGGAACGUUUCCGUCGAAAGACCUACCAGGGUACGUGCUCCAUCUCGAGACAGGAACGGCCAGGAUUGGCCAGGGUCUAGAACAACUUCGGAAGAACGUGCAUUCGGUAGAGAAAGAUCCGUAGAUCGAAGCGCCCGAAAUUCAAAAGCUUCCUCGAGAUCGAACUCGAGAGACAGACAGAGAACAACGACCCCGGCCGAACUUAAGAUCGAACGUUUGCAACGAGCAUUGGGGAGCAAAAGAUACAGAGCUCCGAACAAACCUCCGAACAGAGCGGACGACGAACGUCUUGCUCUUCAAGCUCGGUAUACGGUUAAAUCGACUGUCAAUUACAUAACCGAUUUGACGCUUCUCAUGGCUGCCAUUUACGUUUAUCUAUUCAAGAAGGAGACUAUGGCGAUACCCUUUAUCGCUCUUCUUCUUUACAGACGAAUCCAAGAAGGUAUUCGCGAGCGUAUAUCGGGACGUUGGUGGUCGUCCAAACGCAAGCACUGACCAAUUACUAUUUCGCUAUGUCGCAUUAAUAGAAUCAUUUGGUGAAUUUUGUAUCAUUCAUCGGGGAAGGAUUGUUUAUCCUAUUAUCCUUAAAUAAAAAGAGAUAGGAUAGCUUGACGGUAGGACGAAACACGUAGAAGAGUAUUUUGUACGUAUCGGAGAAGUCGUAGAAUAAUCUAGCUCCUUCGAAUUACGCAUCGUUUAUCUUUUUAUUUAUCGGUCCUAUUUGCGUCGCUCGCUUUAGUAUAAGAAUUUUGAUUCGAUGGAGGAGAAUGCUGAUUAUUUUAUCACGGAAUUAUAUCGUUUUUCUUGCAUACCUAUGUUUAAUGAAAAAAUAUCUAAGUAUAUAUAUAUAGCUUAUAUUAUAGGAGUAAUUAUAUGUAAUUUAUGAAACAAAGUAUUACGUUUAUCUUUUGUCGAUGCUACACACCUACGCGAUCAUCGUUAUUUAUUCUUAAUGCCUUCA